UUUCUUUUCCCCAACUGAGAGUGAACCAACUCCAACUUUGUGCGGGGCGGGCCGUGCUGGCAGUUCAUCCUCUCAGCACUUGGAUGGAGAACGACUGACUGAGCGGAGCGAGGAGGAGUGACAUUAAACACGAGGGGACAGUGGUGGCACGCUGCUUAUCAGGAGACAUUUGCGCGCACGUUUCAAGGCGAUCGCCGAGAUUUCUGUGUGUGCACUCAGCAGCAGCGGCAAGUCUUCUUUGCGCUGUGUGUGUGUGUGUGUGUGUGUGUGUGUGUGUGUGUGUGUGUGUGUGUGUGUGUGUGUGUGUUUGUGUGUGUGGCAGCGGCGGAUGCGGCGCUAUUUUUAGAAACAAUGUUGCGGUAGGGGAAUCAAUCAAACACAGUGAGCCCAUGACGAGCCGCGGCUUCUUGUUGGUAAUCCUCUGAGAUUCACAUCUAGGCGUGCGGGGUCAUGGGAUAGGACGCUGCGUCUCUUGUCUGCCUUCAGCUGAUGCAGGAAUGUCUUUUCCUCCGAGGCUCUCCAGGAAAGCACACCGGCGGACUGCAAACUUUUGCACACCGGGAUCCGCUCCACUUCACAGCAACAGCAGGACCUCGCGUACUUUGGUGUCUUUUAGCAUUUUUAAACAGCACCGCAGUUUGGGAUGUGAAUGAGAAUCACUGAAAGGAUCAGGGACCGACAGGGGGGCAAAGGCGCGGACCGUCUCCCCAUCCUCUUCACUUCCUCCUUAACUGUGAGCGCACAUCUCGCCGGCUCCUAUGGGAAUUAAGCACUCGUCCCGCUGCAUGCUCCUCAGGAGAAAAAUGGCGGAGUCUGAGAGCAUCGAGCAACCGCAGUUGCAGCCACAGCCCCAGCCCCAACCAAUCCGCAUAAUUCAAUCUCAGUCGGCGCAGCCCACCUCGUUGCCCAAGCCGGUGCCUUCCAUCCAGCACACCACGCGGCCUCCUCGGCCGCCACAUACGCCCCAUGCCGCCAACCUGCCUAGCUGUCCCGGGCGCGGCAAGAUGGCCAAGUUCCUCAGCCCCGAGGAGAUGACCUCACGAGACUACUACUUUGACUCGUAUGCACACUUUGGUAUACAUGAGGAGAUGCUGAAGGACGAAGUGAGGACGCUCACCUACAGGAACUCCAUGUACCACAACAAGCAUGUCUUCAAGGACAAAAUAGUGCUGGAUGUCGGGAGUGGGACUGGGAUCCUGUCCAUGUUCGCCGCCAAGGCAGGAGCGAAGCACGUGUAUGGGAUUGAAUGUUCCAGUAUAUCAGAGUACUCAGAGAGGAUCAUCAAGUCCAACCACCUCGACAGUGUGAUCACCAUCUUCAAAGGCAAGGUGGAGGAGGUGGAGCUUCCUGUUGAGAAGGUUGACAUCAUAAUAUCUGAGUGGAUGGGCUACUGCCUCUUCUAUGAAUCCAUGCUUAACACCGUCAUCUUUGCCAGGGACAAGUGGCUGAAACCCGGUGGAUUAAUGUUUCCUGACCGCGCCUCUCUGUAUGUGGUGGCCAUUGAGGACAGGCAGUACAAAGACUUCAAAAUACAUUGGUGGGAGAACGUGUACGGAUUUGACAUGACCUGUAUCCGUAAUGUGGCCAUGAAGGAACCACUGGUGGACGUAGUGGACCCCAAACAGGUGGUGACCAAUUCCUGCCUCAUCAAGGAAGUGGACAUCUACACGGUGAAGACUGAGGACCUCACGUUUACCUCAGCGUUCUGCCUGCAGAUCCAGAGGAACGACUACAUCCACGCUCUGGUCACCUACUUCCACAUCGAAUUCACCAAGUGUCACAAGAAGACUGGUUUCUCCACCGCACCCGAUGCUCCGUACACCCACUGGAAGCAGACUGUGUUUUACCUGGAGGACUACUUGACAGUGCGAAGAGGAGAAGAGAUCACCGGCAGCAUCGCUAUGAAGCCCAAUGAGAAAAAUGCUCGCGACUUGGACUUCACCUUCGAGCUGGAUUUCAAAGGACAACUGUGUGAAGCGGCCAUAGCUCACGACUACAAGAUGCGUUAAGUCCGACCGGUGGGGGGGGGACUUUGGUGCCCCAUUGAGUACAACCCCUGAGCACCAGAGGGAGACAGAGACACUCCCAUGACCCCAGACGAUAUGAGAGGGGCGUAGAGAGAGAGAGAGAGAGAGGGAAAAAAGACCAGGCCAAAGACCAAGCAGGGGCGGCCCCACUGACAAUAUAACUAUUGUCAUACGACGAAGGCAGGAAGUUACUGAUGCCGACUGUUAAACAAUCUUGAAUGUAACACUGACGAAAAAAGAGGUCAGGAAAUAUUUUCUAGUCUUGAUGAAUGUUAUUGAUCCUUGAUGUGAGUAUACGUGUGAUGGAGUGGCGUACCCGUGUGUUUCUGUUCAGUAUUUGUUUUCCACAGUAACCUGAAGGCUCUGGAGGGUUAGAGCUCAUUGAAUUUAUUAUCGUUAUUGUCCAUAUUUUGCUAUAGGUAGCCGAUUGAUUUUAAGGUGUAAUUCUUAUGUCAUAGUACUGUACUGUAGGGGAAUGAUUAACAGAGAGGUGUUUUAAUUCAUAGCUGUAUCAAUUUAGCGUUGUCGGAGAAAAAACAGCCAAGGACAAACCUGCGUAGGUGUGUGUGUGUGUAACGUGAAAGGUGACAUGUGUUUGCAUUGUCGGUGUACUAGUAGCUUCCUGUGAGUGUGUAAUAGAAGGUGUUGGAGCUUGCGCUGUUUAGCCCGGACUCCAGAUGUGUUUGUGAUGUUGACAUGCCAAUAACAUGCCCUCCCCAUCCUCAAUGCCUUGACCAAGUGCCGAAGUGCAUCUAGUUUUUUCUUUUUCCGCGCUGCUGCAUUCAGCUUUUUUCAGUGGUUCCAUGUAUAGGCGCUAGCCACUCUGCUUCUUUAGUCUACAUGUGGAUGUGGUCUCCCUCAAGCGAUCUAACUCAACAUAGCCCAUAGCAACGAGCUCCGAUGUCAGAUAAUAAAGACACAGUCAAUAAAAAGUGAGAGUGCUUGAAGAUCUGCACCUGUAUCUUGGUUUGAACCUAAUUACAUCAAGAAUCAUGUUCCUUGCAGCGUGCGUACAGGUAGGAGUACUAUCACACGGCGUGAUACCAGAGUUUACAGACCGUAUCUCAGUCUAAAACUAACUUGCACAGUUACAACGGGACACACUGCAGUGUGCUGGCGCCAAUGAAAAGGAUCUUUUCACUUCACCUGUGCUCUUACUUAAGGUCAAUGCCAAGGUGCCCACUAACGGGUUUUCUUCAGACAAGAUGUGGAUCUUGGCAAAGGCUACCUUGAAUAAAACCUCACAUUAAAGGAGACCUAUUAUGUAUUUUCUUUUUUUUCCUUCCUUUAGUUAGUGUUUUUGUUCUUGUGCACGUAAAAGAGGGCUAAAUCCGCACUAACAGAAGCUCCUCUCUCCCACAGAAAACACUGCUCCUUAAAUGCCUCGUCAGUAGUCCCGCCUUUAAUUCUGAUACUUACUAGUUUGGCACGUACGAAUUGUCUCAGACAGAGGGGGAGUACAGAACUGCAGCACUAGACAGAAUGAGGAAACUGAUGUGUUUUUUGAGCACUACAGCAUGUAAACGUGUACUACUAGAUACUCAAAAAUCUAUUAAGAACCAAGCAAAUGAGCAUAAUAUGUCUCUUUUAAUGUUCCUCAAAUAUCCACAACAAGAUUUUCCUAUGAAGACAUUUGGUGAUAUAUUAUCUGUCCCAGCUUGUGUUCUAUGAUCGUGUCGAGUUCAGAAACAGCAACAACCAGCCUCAGUUCCCUCGUCUUAUGUAUUAUACUAAGGCCUGAAUGAAUCUUUGCAGGGCCGUAACCAGAAUAUACAGUGCAAGCGCUUGUGAGCAAUGGAGGAACCUAGAUAGUUUAUGAAGAGUGCAAAUAAUGCUACUAACAAUCAACAACAAGUGCAGUAUCAAAGUAUGUGCUGCCUUCUCAGAGCACAGAUCCUCUGACCCUGUGUGUUAGUACAGAGCGCUGACUGGUACAAAUAAGCAAUACAAUAUGAGUCACUAAUGCUAACGAUCAAUUGCACAUGAUAAGUUAUUUAUUAACACGUUUAAGGAAAACAUAUGUCUGAUGAAAACUUGGCUGCUCAGAGCACACAGACAUGGUUUGACGUCUAUUUUAUAAGUCAUACAAAUUCUGAUAAAUUGGCAUGUUAGUUCCAAAUGUAUUACUAUCUUAUGGAGAAAUAUACUGAAUAUGUUGUUUCACAUAUUGUCAUGUCGGCCUCAAAACUGAAUAAACAGCAAUGUCCAAACACCUCCACUGGGUGAUGCUGUGUUUCAUUGUAACAGGAAGAAAGAACUUCGCCGAGCCAUUUAACAACAUUAAUCAUUCUUUACUUCUUUUUUUGCUAUUUACAUGGUUUAUAUACAUUAAAGUGAUGUGCAAGACACUGGCAGUAGUGAAGCACUAAUGACCAUAGUGCAAAAAAAUAAAAUCUAAACUUUAAGUUUAACUCACUCAACAUGUUUUGUGACACCAUUUUCAGAGAAUACUCAGCACAGAGGAAAUAUAAAAUAAACAUAUAUUUUACACUGCUGGUCUUUAUGGAACAAAUAAUGUUCUGUAUUUUUUACAAAACAUGAGCGUGAUCUAAAUAUAAAACAACCCAACGACAUGUGGCACUGUUACACCAAGAACAACAAAUUACUUAUCAGUAAUAAUGUACACAACGAAAACACCCGUAAAACAAAAUACUAUUAGAUGUGACAGCCCCGCAGCAAAUGCUACAUUUUACACUAAUAAUGUUCAGUUUUUCAUGACUUAACCACAAGAUAAUGUUUGCAUUUUGAGGGGACACAUUAUUUCUGACUGUGCUGCUGUCCACUAGGUGAAGACUCUACGACACCUGUGGAAUAUCUAUCUGCCAUGUCCCAUGACACCACAGCUAAACUUGGGCUUAACAGUGAAAUCAGAUCUCUUUCUCUCUCAAAAAAAAA